AUGUUCUUCCAGAGAAGCACGUGGCCAUGGUUGUACAUGACAGUAGGUGUCAUUCUGGGACACAAACAAAGCAAGUCAGAGCAAGAUGGGAAAAGUCAGUGCUUUCAGUUCAAUAGAGUUCACUGCAGCUUUGAGGAAGCCAAAGCUUACUGUCAUAAACAGGGAGGACGCCUGGCUCAAGCCUGGAAACAAGAAAUUAAAGCUGUCAUCCAGAGCUCCCUAGAAGAGGGAUCAUGGUGGUGGGUUGAGCAAAAUCCAAAGCAACGAAAGCAUCAAGGAACAAGCCACCCAGGAAAUGGUAUACCCUGGGGGGUCUCAAAGUAUGGCAAAUGCACCUCUGUGUUCAAAAGUUCCGAAGACAUGUCAUCAAAACAGGACCAGUGUGCACAAAAGCAUUAUUUCAUUUGCCAGGCUGGUGACCCUUCAGUUCCAAAAGACCCUUCCAGUUCUAAGAAAAAUAAACACACGUCUCAUUCAAAAGAGAAACAUAAAAAGACAAAAAGCAAAGUAAAGGACAAGAAGAAAAUGGCCUCAGGAGAUACUCAUCCGUCAAACUUAUGUCACCCUGUUCCUGAUAAUCAUAAGGCCAUCACAGGUGACAUCAUUCACACCUGCAUCCAGCAGUCCACCACAGUUGAUGUCAGUCACACCUGCAUCCAGGAACCCAUCACAGGUGACAUUGGUCACACCUGUAUCCAGGAACCCAUCACAGGUGACAUUGGUCACAACCAUACCCAGCAGCCCACCACAGGUAAUGUCCAUCACACCUGCAUCAAGCAGCCCACCACAGGUGACGUCCGUCACACCUGCAUCCAGCAGCCCACCACAGGUGACGUCCGUCACACCUGCAGCCAGCAGCCCACCACAGGUGACGUCCGUCACACCUGCAUCCAGCAGCCCACCACAGGUGACGUCCGUCACACCUGCAGCCAGCAGCCCACCACAGGUGACGUCCGUCACACCGGCAUCCAGCAGCCCACCACAGGUGAUGUCAGUCACACCUGCAGCCAGCAGCCCACCACAGGUGAUGUUGGUCACACCUGUAUCCAGGAACCCAUCACAGGUGACAUUGGUCACAACCAUACCCAGCAGUCCAUCACAGGUGACGUCAGUCACACCUGCAUCCAGCAGCCCACCACAGGUGACAUCAGUCACACCUGCAGCCAGCAGUCCACCACAGGUGACAUUGGUCACACCUGUAUCCAGGAACCCAUCACAGGUGACAUUGGUCACAACCAUACCCAGCAGCCCACCACAGGUAAUGUGCAUCACACCUGCAUCCAGCAGCCCACCACAGGUGACGUCUGUCACACCUGCAUCCAGCAGCCCACCACAGGUGACGUCCGUCACACCUGCAGCCAGCAGCCCACCACAGGUGAAGUCCGUCACACCUGCAUCCAGCAGCCCACCACAGGUGACGUCAGUCACACCUGCAUCCAGCAGCCCACCACAGGUGAUGUCAGUCACACCUGCAGCCAGCAGCCCACCACAGGUGAUGUCAGUCACACCUGCAGCCAGCAGUCCACCACAGGUGAUGUUGGUCACACCUGUAUCCAGGAACCCAUCACAGGUGACAUUGGUCACAACCAUACCCAGCAGUCCAUCACAGGUGACGUCAGUCACACCUGCAGCCAGCAGCCCACCACAGGUGACAUUAGUCACACCUGCAGCCAGCAGUCCACCACAGGUGACAUUGGUCACACCUGUAUCCAGGAACCCAUCACAGGUGACAUUGGUCACAACCAUACCCAGCAGCCCACCACAGGUAAUGUCCAUCACACCUGCAGCCAGCAGCCCACCACAGGUGACGUCCGUCACACCUGCAUCCAGCAGCCCACCACAGGUGACGUCCGUCACACCUGCAUCCAGCAGCCCACCACAGGUGACGUCCGUCACACCUGCAGCCAGCAGCCCACCACAGGUGACGUCAGUCACACCUGCAGCCAGCAGCCCACCACAGGUGACGUCAGUCACACCUGCAUCCAGCAGUCCACCACAGGUGAUGUUGGUCACACCUGUAUCCAGGAACCCAUCACAGGUGACAUUGGUCACAACCAUACCCAGCAGUCCAUCACAGGUGACGUCAGUCACACCUGCAGCCAGCAGCCCACCACAGGUGACAUCAGUCACACCUGCAGCCAGCAGUCCACCACAGGUGACAUUGGUCCCACCUGUAUCCAGGAACCCAUCACAGGUGACAUUGGUCACAACCAUACCCAGCAGCCCACCACAGGUAAUGUCCAUCACACCUGCAUCCAGCAGCCCACCACAGGUGACGUCUGUCACACCUGCAGCCAGCAGCCCACCACAGGUGAUGUCAGUCACACCUGCAGCCAGCAGCCCACCACAGGUGACAUUAGUCACACCUGCAGCCAGCAGUCCACCACAGGUGACAUUGGUCACACCUGUAUCCAGGAACCCAUCACAGGUGACAUUGGUCACAACCAUACCCAGCAGCCCACCACAGGUGACGUCCGUCACACCUACAUCCAGCAGCCCACCACAGCCAGCAGCCCACCACAAGAAAUGUCAGAUCUACCUGCACCUAACAGCCUACCACAGUCUGUGAUAACAGAGCCCACCAGGCCUGUCUCUGCUGCACCUGCUGGACGACCUCUGGUAGACAUCACUUCAAGAUCAAAGGAAGACUCACACCCAUCUGUCAUCACCACCCAUCCACAAGCAUCAUUUCAGAAUGCAUCUAAUCAGGUCCUCAAUGAGACGGCAGGGAAGUUUGGUGGAGCAAUUCCUGGUUUGCAAGCUCACAGCAGGCUGAAGAAAGCUUGUGACAUCCUCCAGAAACGGCGACACUUCACUCCAACAUUUCCUGCACCAGAUCAGGUCAGUGUGAUCGAUUUGCUCACUGACCUGAGUGACCAGCUGCUGAUGCUGGUCCCACUUCAGGAAAACAGCAGCUGGAGCUCCAAAACUCCUGCCAGGAUCUGCCUCUUUUCACCCCUUAACAGUGAAGCCCAAGGCAAGAAGGAAAGUCAGCAGCCUAAGCAAGACACUGAGAAGGUAGAAGACAUGCUGGAGACAUCCUUGAUGGCCCUUGGGGAGAUCCAGGAAGCAUUUCUGCAGCAGAGCCCAUUUGCUGAGUCUUCGGUGACUUUGACCUCUUCCGUUGCCACUCUGGUGUUCAGCAGCCAAAACAUAUCAACAUUGCCUCUGAGCUCAUAUACGCUGGGUGACCCUGCACCAGUGAGGCUAGGUUUUCCAUCGGCUGCAGCUUUGAAGGCACUUUGGAAUAACCACCUCGGAAUAAAUGUCCAGGUAACCGGUCUGGCUUUUAAUCCCUUCAAGACUCUGGACAACAGGAGUAUUGCUGGAAGCGUUGGAAGUGUGCUGCUGAGCUCAGGUCAUGAAACGCUGCAAGUCCAUGACUUAAUGGAAGAUGUCGAGAUUAUGCUCUGGAGAAACAGCAGCAUGGAAAUUCACCCCACUACCUUCAGAACAAGCACGGACCGAUUCAUAAUCACAAUGAAUGUCACUUCAUUGGAGAAAUCCCUCAUCGUGACAAUUGACCCUGAAAGUCCCCUUCUCAUGACACUCUAUCUGGGCUUCCAGUACCAGCCUGACCACACUCACUUUCACCUGAACAUCACCCUUCCAAAGGACCAUGUGUGGCAGAAAGAUGAGGAGUACACAUGGGUGCUGACUCCAGAGAGCCUGCAGUAUGGGAUUGGCACCUACUACAUAACAGCCAUGGUGAAUAAAAGAAUGGAGGCCACCCUGCAGACACCAGUCUUGGUCUCAGUGGUAACAGGCAUCACCCAAUGUUAUUUCUGGGACAAAUACAACAGAACAUGGAACAGCAAUGGAUGCCAAGUUGGGUCACAGAGCACAGUUUGGAAGACACAGUGUCUCUGCAACCACCUGACCUUCUUUAGUAGUGACUUCUUCAUUGUACCCAGGACAGUGGACAUUGAAGACACAGUCAAACUGUUCCUUCAUGUGACCAACAAUCCUGUUGGGGUGUCAUUGCUGGCCAGCCUUGUAGGAUUCUAUAUGAUCCUAGUUGUAUGGGCUUGGAGGAAGGACCAACUAGACAUGAAGAAGGUGAAGGUCACUGUCCUGGCUGAUAAUGACCCCAGCGCUCAAUUCCACUACCUCAUUCAGGUCUACACUGGAUAUCGAAGGAGGGCCGCUACAACAGCUAAGGUCGUUAUCACCCUAUAUGGAUCAGAGGGACGCAGUGAUCCCCAUCACCUUUGUGACCCCCAGAAGACAGUCUUUGAGCGGGGGGCACUGGAUGUCUUCCUUCUCACCACUGAGUCCUCACUGGGGGAGCUGCAUGGACUUCGGCUAUGGCAUGACAAUUCUGGCAGCAGCCCUUCUUGGUUUGUAAGCCAGGUGGUCGUCAGUGACAUGGCUCUAAAGAGGAAAUGGCAUUUCCUAUGCAAUUGCUGGCUGGCAGAGGACCUAGGAGACUGUGAGCAUGAUGGGGUCUUCAUGCCUGCCACAAAGAGAGACCUGCUUUCCUUUAGACACCUGUUCUCCUCCAUGAUUAUUGAAAAGUUCACCCAGGACUAUCUGUGGCUCUCAGUUGCUACUCGACAUCCCUGGAACCAGUUGACAAGAGUCAAGCGGCUCACGUGCUGUAUGACACUGCUGCUCUGUGACAUGGUCAUCAACGUUAUGUUCUGGAAGAUGGGUGGCACCGCCGCCAAGAGGGAUGAACAAAUAGGUCCAUUCACUGUGACCUGGUCAGAGCUGCUCAUCAGCAUCCAAACUACAGUCAUCCUUCUCCCUGUCCAUCUUGUCAUUGAGCGGCUCUUCCUGCUGAUUCAACCGCAGGAAGCUCUACCACCACUCCCUCCCAUGCAGGCCUCCUGCCCCUCCAGUGCUGCUGGCGAGCCCCCCUCUCUCACCGUGGUAGUUGAGGAAUUGAAGGAAACGGUUGGAUUCUUGCUCAGGAGAAAUAUACGGCUACUCUCAGAGUGUGAUCUAUCUUUGUGGAGUUCUUGCAACAUUAACAAGCUGGUGAAGCUUUUAUCUAGCCUCAUUUAUUCUCACUUAGAAGAUCAAGGACGUUAUCAGCAGGCAGAAUCCCACUGGGCAAAUGUGGUUUCUGAAACCCACCAUCAUUUCUGCUGCUACCUGCUCAAAGUUCUGCUGAGAUUGAAAUCGCAUCUAGGCACUCUAGGUCUUGGCCAGGUUCAUCAGCCCUGCAACUUCUCAGAAGCAGCCAGCCAACUUCAAAAACUCCAAGAACUCUUAGAGACACAGAUUCUUCCCAGGGAACAAAGGCCAUGCAGGAACACAACCAGUUUCCCCAUCCUGAGCCCAGAAGAGGGGAAGCAGCCCAUCUCUACUCGCCUACUCAGAUGGUUGACUUACAUCAGCUGGCUCCUUCUAAGUGUCAUUAGCCUGGCUUCAGCUUUUUUUACAGCACUUUAUAGCUUGGAAUUGAAUAAAGACCAGGCAGCUAGCUGGGUUAUUUCAAUGAUAUUAUCAGUGCUUCAAGAUAUCUUCAUAAGCCAGCCAGUAAAGGUGACCUUCUUCACAUUCCUAUUCUCACUGAUGGUGAGCUGGAUGCCUUGGCUCCACAAAGACAAGGAACAACAAACCAAGAAGAUUGUGGCACUUUGGGCAAAAUGUUCCUCAUCAUUACCUGGUUUGAGAGAUAAGAACAACCCCAUCUACACAGCCCCAACAAUGAGUAGUCCAGCCAAGCGCCCAAAGAAAGCCUGGACAAAGAAGAAACUCUUCAAGCUGACUGGUGAUAUUCUGGUCCAAAUCAUCUUCCUUAUCCUGCUGAUGACUGCAGUCUACUCUGCAAAGAACUCCAAUAAAUUUUUCCUCCAUCAAGCUAUUUGGAAGAGCUUUUCUCGCAGUUUCUCAGACAUCAAGCUUCUUGAGGAUUUCUAUCCCUGGGCCAAUCAGACCCUCCUUCCUAACCUGUAUGGAGAUUACAGAGGUAAGAGCAUGGUGGGCAAGCAGGGGCCAUGCAGUUCUCCUAACACCCCUACAAGUGGUUCGUGAGAAGCUGGAGGAAGGGUUCAGAACAGCUUUUCAAAGUGGACACAUCUCUGUGGACACACCAAAGGCCUGUUUCCUAGACUUCAUCCAAGAAGGUUCAUUCACUCAGGAGAUUCAGGUCCACCGAGGCAGACUCCUUCCCCACUGAUGCAUGUCACAGGAGACCAGAUACAUAAGCCCCUGACUCCCCGUUGUUCUUUGUUAUUUUUAGGUGCUUUUUUCCCCUCUCUGAAAGUGGACAGCUUAACUUCCCUCCAGGUAUCAGAGAAAGGCUUUGCCUGGACUGUCUCCUCACAAGUCAUCUACUACCUGCUAGUCUGUUACUACACCUUCGUGCAGGGUUGUCGACUGAAAAGGCAAAAGUGGAAAUUCCUCACUAGGAGAAGAAACAUUCUGGACACAAGCAUAAUUCUCAUUAGCUUCAGCAUCUUGGGGCUUGACAUGAAGCGCAUUUCUCUACAUCAUAAAAACAUGAUGCAGUAUCAUCUUGACCAGGACAGGUUCAUCAGUUUCCAUGAAACACUAAAAGUGAGCUCUGCUGUCACUCACCUCAUGGGCUUCCUGGUUCUGCUGGCAACUGUUCAGCUGUGGGACCUACUGCGACACAACCCGAGGUUUCAGGUCAUCAACAAAACACUGAGCAAAGCCUGGGACGAGGUGAUGGGCUUUUUGCUAAUCAUCCUGAUCCUGCUGACCAGUUAUGCUAUGACUUUUAACCUGCUGUUUGGAUGGAGCAUCUCUGACUACCAGAGUUUCUUCAGCUCUGCAGUGAAUGUUAUUGGUCUUCUGAUGGGAAUUUCUCCCCACAAGGAGGUUAUUGCCUUAUAUCCAGUCCUGGGUCCACUUCUGAUCCUCACCAGUGUCAUCUUGAUGGGACUUAUGAUCAUUAAUCUUUUUAUAUCUGCCAUUCUCAUUGCCUUUGGAAAAGAAAGAAAGUCCCUUAAGAAAGAAGCUGCACUGACAGACAUGUUACUACAGAAGCUCUCGGACUUGCUAGGAAUCCAGCAACACAAGAACCAACCCUCACCUGAGAAGUGGCCAUGA